CCCCGGCCAAGACCUGGCCAGGGCACAGUAGUGACACAUAGUCCAUCAUCUGCAUUCCACCCAUUGCCAGGACCUUUGUCUUUCUGUCGCAUCACAAACAGGCAAACAAACAAUAGCAACAACACCACGAGGCAAAGGCAAAAGAAAAGGCGGAGGCUGAGGAGGAGGAGGAGGAGAAGGAGGAGAAAGAGCAAGAACACCACUAAAGGCGGCAAUAAAAAGUUUGCUUUGUUUCUGGGUGUCGACACAUUCUUGCUUUGCUCUCUGGCCAAAACGCCUACCCUCCUGUUAGCCAGAAAACCAAAAACGGUGUCGUCCUUGUCAGCCGCCUCUGGGCACUCAAUUAGGCCCAAUUCAACGCAACUUGAAAGCAACUACAGCAACAAUAGCAACAUCAGGAGGAACAUCAACAGCAGAACCAGUGAAAGGAGCAGGAGCGGGAGCAGGACAGGCAUCAGCAGGACCAGGAGCAUUAGAGCAGUGAAGCGACCACGCCCACGCAGGGGCCGGCACACAAAAACGGCGACACCAAUCUGACUACAAGUGACAACGCCCACAAAAGGUGGGGCGUGGGGGGCAUCGAGUUGAUGCCACAAUGAAACUGAGCGUGAGCGCGUAUCGGGCGCAUGCAUCCGCACACAAGAAGAUCCUCUCCAGCGGCUAUCACUCACAGCUCAAUUACGGCAGCACUGGAGCAGCAGCAUCAUCCUCGUCGUCGGGGGCCACUGCAACGGGCCUAUAUACGAUGGAAACGCACGAUCACGAGCACGGCGCUGGAAAGUUCGUCAAGGAUGUGGCACGCCAGAUUCACGACUGCAACAGCGACACGGAUGUCAUAAGUCCAACGGGGACCAGUAGCUCUGGCGGUGGGGCUGGCGGGGCCAGCGGUGUUGCCGGUGGUGCUGCCGCCGGCGAAAGCUCUGGCGGCUAUCACAAGCGACACCAUAAGAUGGCCCAUGACGAUGACAACCACAGUGCGCCGCAUUCCUCGGAUAGCAAGAGUCCCAGUCAGAGGAAAUCGCGUAUCGGAGAUGGAGCUUCAGAUCCAGAUUCCGAUUGGACACGAUCGAACCAGCGCUGGAUGAAGCUACGCACCACCGUGCAGAUCUCGUCGGCGAUACAGAAAAAACCACCGCUCAAGCGCGAAGACUCCUUCCUGAAGCGUUUCUCGACUAGACAGAUACCCGAAACACAGGAAACUGUUGAAGAUACGGGUUCAGAAAGUGCCUCUGGUGACGUCGACAAAAGUGUUAAACGUAGACGACGCUAUCUGCAGAAACGACGAUCCGUUGUUAAUCCAGAUGAAAAUUUUUACUUCUAUUGGCUAAUGAUGGUAACUGUAUGUGUUCUAUAUAAUCUAUGGACCCUAAUUGUGAGGCAGAGCUUUCCUGAACUGCAGCAAGCUGUGCCUACCUUUUGGCUUAUCUGCGAUUCGAUGACAGAUGUUGUAUUUAUCUUAGAUAUAAUAGUUCAAUUACGCACAGGCUAUCUGGAGCAGGGCCUAAUGGUAUAUGAUGACAGGAAGCUGGCCUGCCACUACGUUCACUCGCGUGACUUCAUCUUCGACAUGAUAGCGCUGAUACCAUUGGAUCUGCUGCAGCUCAAGAUGGGCACCCAUCCGCUUUUGCGUUUUACGCGCUUUUUUAAAGUUUAUCGAUCUGUGAGAUUUUAUUACAUCGUAGAGAGUAGAACAGUUUGGCCAAAUUUAUGGCGCGUUGUUAACCUAAUUCAUAUCCUGUUAAUAUUGGCACAUUGGUUCGGUUGCUUCUAUUUUUUACUCUCAGAGGCGGAGGGUUUCCAGGGUGAUUGGGUCUAUCCUUACAGGCCGGGUGACUAUGCCACCCUCACGCGGAAGUAUCUGGGCAGCCUCUACUGGUCCACCCUGACGCUGACCACCAUCGGGGACCUGCCGACGCCCGAGACGAAUGCAGAACCGAACUUUUCGGUGGACGGCCCAAGAUCAAUACCUAGACGUGGCAUUAAAUCACGCCUGCUUCAGUUUGGCUCUAGCUAUGGAUAUAUUUUUACGAUCGUCAGUUAUUUGAUUGGUGUUUUUAUCUUCGCGACAAUUGUUGGCCAAGUGGGCAAUGUGAUAACGAAUCGGAAUGCGAAUCGUCUGGAGUUCGAACGUCUGCUGGAUGGGGCCAAGACCUACAUGAGGCAUCACAAGGUACCAGGUGGGAUGAAGCGUCGCGUGCUGCGAUGGUACGACUACAGCUGGUCGCGGGGGCGGAUACAGGGUGGCGGCGACAUCAACACAGCUUUGGGCCUGCUGCCCGACAAACUGAAAACCGAAUUGGCCUUACACGUGAACCUGAGUGUGCUGAAGAAGGUUACCAUAUUCCAAGAGUGCCAGCCGGAGUUUCUGCACGAUCUCGUGCUAAAAAUGAAGGCUUACAUCUUUACGCCGGGCGACUCCAUCUGCCGCAAGGGUGAGGUGGCCCGCGAGAUGUUUAUCAUCGCCGAUGGAAUCCUGGAGGUGCUCAGCGAAACGGGCAAGGUGCUGACAACAAUGAAGGCUGGCGAUUUUUUCGGCGAGAUCGGCAUCCUCAAUCUGGACGGGCUAAACAAGCGCACUGCGGACGUUCGUUCUGUGGGCUACUCGGAGCUCUUUUCGCUUUCUCGCGAGGAUGUACUGGCAGCCAUGAAGGACUAUCCGGAUGCGCAAGAGAUCCUCCAGACUCUCGGACGCAAGCGUCUCAUGGAGGUGCGUUGCGUGAACAAGAAGUACGCGAAGGCGGCGCUCGAAAAGGAGAACGCGGCCUACGCGGCGGCCCAUCCGCACCACCAUCAGGCCCAUCACCAGGGACAGGUGCACCAGAGCGAUAGCAGCGAGAACAGUGCAUCCAAGAAGAUUGUGGACAAGCUGAAGCACGAUGUGAAGGGUUUUCGUAAUGUGCUGAAGAAGUCCAGAACCUCCCGGAAGAGCGACGAGUCGCUGGAGAUGCAACCGCUGCACAACACCUCGCCGCGCGGCAGCAAGAUCAUGCUGAAGCGCAUGUCUCGCGUACGGUCAGACGAGAAGGACGCAGACACCGCCGAUGCCAAGGACGAGCUGCACGACAAGACCCCCAGUCCGAUUGGGGCCGGGCUCCCAUUGCUGCAGCGUUUGCGGCUGCUCAAGGAAAAGCAGGAAUCGAUACAGGAAGAGCCCGAACGAGAGUUCAACGAAGGCUUUCCCCUGAUCCAGCGAUUGCAGCAGUUGAAAAUUAAGAACGAGCCGCAAGCGAACGCCGGAGGCGAUUCCGGCCUCGUAAUGGUCAAGACGCCUCCCAGCAUCAGCAGCAAAAUUGACUUCGGAGGAGCGGCAGCAGCCGCAGCAGGAUUGGGAACAGGACUCCCCUCGGGAAGUCAGCUGCUGACAGUCGCGCAGAUCAAGCCCAUCAUGAAGGUUUCCUUCAAGCAGAAGAUACAGCAAAUGCAGGGCGGCGGGGCAAGUGGAUCCUCGCCGGGUCCCAGUACCGGAGCGAUAGCCAAGAAGGAGCCCCCCAAGUCGCUGGCUCUGAUUGCCAAGCAUGCUUCAACGUUGCCUCUACCACCAGCGAUCUUAGCGGAGGAAACAGCAUCGGGGGGUGUGGGAUUGGGAGGGGGAGUAGGACCUGGCCAAGCCCUGGCCAUAGCCACGAUAUCGAAGAAGGUGACCAAGCCGUCCUACAAGCUCAACACUCCCAUGCAAUCAGACACGGACACUGACGGCACGCCCAUCUCCAAGCCCUGGUCCAAACUGAAGCUAGCGACGCUCAUGUCCUCCAGCUACACGAGCCUUACCAACUGCUCGCCGGACGACCUGGCCACGCCCCUGAAAAACUACUCGCUGAGCAACAUUCCGCAGCAGAUGGAGGCCACCGCCCAGGCCCAGGCCCAGUCCCAGUCCCUGUCCCGUCCGCGUCACCACAGUGCCAGGAGCAGCUCCAGAUCGCCCCGACACGCUCAUGGUCAUGGCCACAGUCAUGACUCUACCAGCAACACCAGCUCUUCGGCCAGCCAGGCGAGCACCAAGCGGGAGUGCCUACGCCUGCAGAAGCCCGAGCAGCAGCUGCCGGAUGGAGAACUGGCUGAGCCGCGCCGAAAGUUCUACCAGAGCGUGUUCGACCUGUCGCCGGAGUACAGUGGCCUGCCGUUUGUCAAGCGGCUGAAAAUCCUCAACGAGCGGCAGAAACUAGCGGAGCUGGAGAAGGCCCUACAGACGCGCAGCUUCAGCCUGGACUGCUCCAAGUCCGACCAGGGAGGGAAUCUGCCCAUCACGGAGUCGCUCUAUCGCUGCUACAGCGAUACCUCCGGCAUCUACUCACAGUUUCUCAGUGCCUACGAGUCCACCACCAGUUCCACAUCAAUAUCGACCAAUACAUCCGCCUCGGCAUCGGCCUCUGCAUCAGCAUCGGACACCGGUAACUCCCGGCAUGGACAGAUGCAGUACGUGCCGCUGCCCCUCAGUCCGGAAUCGAAUGAAACCGUCGAGCGUCGGAAGCUAAAAAGCAUACUCAAGAAGCUGCAGAAGGGCGGUGGUCCCAAUGGCGGAAGCGGUGGCAGCGGCAACGGCAGCGGAGGCGGCAUCGGCGGAGGUGAUGCCCAAGACGAGGCGACUGCCACAGUCACAGCCACGGCGCACGCGCAUGCGUCGAGAGUGCUGCUGGCGGAGCCGACCUUGGAAGGCCCGCCCGCCAGUGCCAAAGAGGAAGGUCAGUUCGCUGCCUUUGGCGGCGCUUCCGGCGUGGCCCAUUCGCAACAUUCGCAGCACGCGAUCGUGUUAAGUCCGAGUAACGGUAACGGUAACGGUACCGCUAACGGUAACGGUAAAAAUGCGUCUAAUGGUAGCGGUAGCGGUAUGGGUACCGUAGCUUUCUCUUCUAAUCCGAUGUAUCCGUUUUCGAUUCCGGUUGCGGUUCCACUUCCGGUUUCCGAGACAAACAUAUGGUCGCCGACGUUGACGUUGGUAACGCCAACGAAUUCGCCCCAAGAGAGUUUCGCGUUCGAGCUGCAGCCCCAGAGUCAGUCUCAGCCGCAGCCGCAGCCGCAACCUCAUCUCCAGUUCCCACCUCCACCUGUAUUGGAGGGAACUGAUAGCGACGGCAUUGGCGGACUCGUUGCUGGCGUUGGCAGCGCCUCAACGUCGUCAGCCUUAGGAGCAGCGGCCUCAUCAUCACUCUUAUCAUUAUCAGCAGCUGGAGCAGCAGGUGGAGCAGCAGCAACAGCGGCAGCAGCAUCGACCUCAUAUGUCGUCGAAUGCUCGUCGUCGUCGGUGUCAUCGAAAUCGAAUCAGAUACUCUCACAGAAUACCGAAUUUCAUGCUCAAUCCACAACAUCCACAGAUUUGAAUUUGAAUUUGCAGCUCAGACAGAACACCACCACCUCCACCACGAACAAUGCGUUGGCUGGUGGCAGCCAGGGGCCCAGGCCCGAAGGAUUUCCAGAAGCGCAGGACUACUUCAAUCAGAUACUCAGCGGCAUCAAUCACGUGAUCAAGACGCACAUGAACGAAAUGCACUCGAAAUUCGAGACGCAGUUCUCGAGCAUGGCCGGGGAGGUGCGCCGUCGCGAUGCCAUCAUUGCCCAGCUCCAGCUGAAGCUGCGAUCCAUCGAGCAGAAGUCUUCUUCAACAGCUUUAUCCUCGGCUGCAGUUCCAUCCUCAGUCCUCGCUAUAGCCCGCCGGCAGAAGCGGGAGAAGCUCUCGCAGCUCUCGGUGGACGACGAUGAGCCGGCGGAAGAGGAGAACAGUAGUUCGGGCUCCUCCGCAGAGCUUCUCUUCAUGCGCGGGGAUUCCCUGGACACGGUGUUUACCUCUUCGCCACCAAUUCAGGGCGGCCGACGCAGUAUAUCACCCGGCCCAGGACCGAGUCGGCAUCAUGCCGCUUCGGCCAAUGCUCUGAACUGUCCCAGCAGCUACUACAGCGGGCCGGGCACGCUGAGCACACGGCAUGCCCAGAGCCAUCCCAGCUUCUAUACGGGGCAGGGGAAUGGACGCAGCAGCAGCAGAGGAUAUCGUGAGUGGAGUGGAGCCGCUGGCGAUGGCAGGUUCAGUGGGACGGACGGUAGCGGACCCAGUGGCAUGGUGGUCUCGGACGUAACGGGCAACCUCACACGGCUCUCGGAUAGCGUGAUUCUGGACAUUGGUGAGAGCUCCAGCUCGAGCUCCUCGUCGAGUAAGCUGAAUAUUGCGGAAGAGGAGGACGACGAGGAUGAAGAAGAAGCGGAAGCGGAAGCAGAGGCCGAGGCGGAUGAAGAACUUACCGCCAGUGGGACCGGGAACAACGAUUGGGAGGUGCGAAUGCUGGCCGCCGAGAUGGAGCGGCAGGAACGCAAGCGCGGACACUCACUGUCCGACAAUCUGGGCGACCUGAAACACUGCAGCACGUUCCUCCGUCGGCGCCGCAAGUUCAGCGACACCGAAACGGAGUUCAGCGAGACGGACAUGGACGACCAGUUGGCCAGAGGCUCCGGCGGCCCCAUUGGUAGCGGCACCAGCGGCUUGGCUGGUGAGGCGCCCGCAACAGGAGCUGGACCCACAUCGAGUGGCAGCGGGAUCCAGAGUGGAAGCCAGCGGCCGAGGGCUUCCAGUCUGGACCAAUUCAACCUGCGUUACGGCAUCGGGCGUGGCAUCUUCAAAGCAAUGAGCAUCGAUCGUGAUAAAGACAAGCUUUGAGAACUAUAACCGCGACCAAAUAUCCCCCCAUCCCCUAACCAGAGAACACCUUCCGUAUCCAAUCCCAUAGCAGCCACAACACUGGACGAGGACAACCCAUAAGCAAUUCGGACAGUAUUACAAUGGUACAAGAACUAAAUAUAUAUAUAAAACCCAUAUAUAUAUAUAUAUAUAUAUACAUAUAUAUAUACACUUCGAUAUACAAACUAAAGAGGAAAUAUAGAUCUAUAUUCUAUAUUAUAUGUUUAGCCUUAACGAUCCCCCAAAAUGGAAACCAAAGAAGAAAGAAACCCAAAUAUAGUAUACAUAUAUAAAGUAAAACAU